GUGAAUCAAGUCGUUCGAGAUUUAACCCAAACGGUUUUGCCAAGAACAUUGGUCUCUCCGAAACGAAACAUGUCGUCGUCUUCAAACUUUGUAGUGGAAUCGUGUGACGUUGAUUCCGAGGAAGGGGUGAAGCUCCACACGAGAAUCUUCAAACCCAGAGAUGAACAAGUUAGCGACGACGGGGAUCUAGCAAUAGUUUUGGUCCACCCUUUCUCGCUCUUGGGUGGUUGUCAGGCUCUGCUCAAAGGCAUAGCUUCUGAGUUGGCCUGUAAAGGUUUCAAGGCCGUCACUUUGGAUACAAGAGGUGCCGGAAAAUCAACGGGAAGGGCUACUCUUACUGGCUUCGCUGAGGUUAAGGAUGUGAUUGCUGUUUGUCGGUGGGUUUCUCAGAAUCUCGGUGCUCAUAGGAUCCUCCUCGUGGGUUCUUCUGCCGGUGCACCAAUCGCAGGAUCAGCGGUGGAGCAAGUAGAGCAAGUGGUGGGAUACGUGAGUUUGGGAUACCCAUUUGGCCUAAUGGCCUCGGUUCUGUUUGGGAGGCACCACAAGGCCAUUCUCUCAUCCCCUAAACCCAAACUCUUCGUUAUGGGAACACAAGACGGCUUCACUAGCGUUAGCCAGCUCAAGAAGAAGCUGAAAUCUUCAGCGGGACGCACCGAAACACACCUCCUUGAAGGCGUUAGCCAUUUCCAGAUGGAAGGACCUGAAUAUGAUUCUCAGAUGGCGGAUGUCAUAUGCAACUUUAUUUCAUCCUUGUAAAAUUCCAUAUGCAACAUAGACAAUUGUGCAAGAACUAGUGCAGGCAGAACUUAUGGUGGUGCGUGUUGAACUGUUGAUGGUGUUCCGCAGAAAAUGACUAGUACAGCAUUAAA